CAGGCACAGCUCAGAAGGGUGUGUUUUAUGUGCCACUGCAGCAUCAGUGCAAAAUAGACACACGAGAGAAAAGGCACGACACUGUACAGACAGGAGGGAGAGAAAUUGAUAGAACGAGUCAGAGAAGAGGAAAGACGAAGGGGUGACGAGGAGACGAGAAGAAGAAGAUACAGAGAAGAAAACAGGAGGAGGACGGAGAGAAGCAACACCUGCAGAGGAGCAGAGACUGUGUACCCUCAUCCAGAGCCUCACUUUUGGCUGUGAAAGCAACACACACCUGCCAACUUGACACACACCGUCGUCGCUCUGCUCGUGUGCGCUCUCGGGAGGGUCUGGGAGGUCCCCGGUGUGUGUCCGGCCGCGUGCAUAAGUCGAGAGAGGGGGCGUGUGUGUGUUGUUUUAUGUGUUGAUGAGUGUGUGGGUGUCCCGCAUCACUUUUGAUGGGACAUUGAGAGAUGUGUGUGUCACAGCGUCGCUGGAUGGGCUAUAGGGGGCCGUGUCCCCCCGCCCUGCCCCUGAUCCUCCUCCUCCUCCUCCCUCUGUCCUUCCUCUCCUCCACGCCUCCAUUUGCUCAGGGAGCGAUCCACAUCCCCAAAGACUAUAAAGUGCAUAACAUAUCGCAGCCCCCAGUGAUGACGGAGAUGCCGACAUCGUACACAGCCUUCUCUCGAGAGGACAUAUAUCUGCCCUGUGAGGCCACGGGUAUCCCAGCACCCACUUUCCGGUGGGUGAAAGAUGGCGAGGUGUUUGGGUCGGAGUAUAAAGAGUCGGGGACGUUGCGAGCCGAAGGGGAUGAGCUCCUCGACUCGUACGAAGGCUUAUACCGUUGCUACGCUUCCAACACCCUGGGGACCGCCAUGACGCAAACCGUGCAAGUCAUCGUCGAGCCUCAACCGGUUCUCCUAAAGCAACAGAAAAUACACAAGCGGGCAUUCGAGGGGGAAAGCGUCGUCCUGUCCUGCAACCCUCCGGAGAGCUCCACUCCUCCACACAUCCACUGGAUGGACAAGAAGAUGGUGCACAUCAAGCAGAACGACAGAGUGAUGGUGGGCCUCGACGGGAGCCUGUACUUCGCUAAUCUUCUAAAGAGCGACAGCAGGGACGACUACGUCUGCAACGCCCAGUAUUCGGCGGCCAGGACCAUUCUCCCCGAGACCUCCGUGAGACUCACCGUCAUGCCCAGUAACGAUGUUGGCCAUGGUAGGAAACCCCACCUCUUUCGACCCACCGGCUCCCACACCACAGUGAACGCCCUCAGAGGUCAAAGCGUCACCCUGGAAUGCAUCCCCAAGGGCCUACCCACUCCCAAGGUGGAAUGGAAGAAGAAGGACGGCCGCCUGGACGAAACCGGCGGCGUGCUGGAGAGCGCGGCCCGCUGGCUCAGCUUCGACAGCAUCGCCCAGACCGAUGACGGAGAGUAUGAGUGUCGGGCCUUCAACAUCCACGGCUCCACCGCACACUCGUUCACGCUCACUGUGGAAGCGGCUCCAUAUUGGGUGAAGGAGCCUCAGAGCCUGUUGUAUUCUCCUGGGGAGACUGUGCGACUGGACUGUCAGGCCGAAGCCAUCCCGACGCCCGUCAUCACCUGGAGCAUCAACGGUCAGCCGGUCACAGACGUGGACGAUGAUCCUCGCCGGAGUGUGUCGGGCGGCGUGUUGAAACUGAGGGACGUUGAGUUUGCGGACACCGCCGUGUACCAGUGCGAGGCCUCCAACCGUCACGGCUCCAUUCUCCUCAACACCUACCUCUACGUCAUCGAGCUUCCUCCUCAGAUCCUGUCGUCUGACCGAGUGGUGUACAGAGUCACCGAGGGAGGAGACAUCAUGCUGCACUGCGAAGCCUUUGGUUCUCCACGACCACACGUCGCAUGGGAGGGUGAAGACAUGGUUCCUCUGUUGUCGGACCCUCGUGUCUCCCUGCUGACCAACGGGACCCUCGAGCUGUCCGGCGUCAGUCACGAUGACAGUGGAACAUACACUUGCUCCGUCCAACACACCAAUAUCUCCAUCACUGCACAUCUGGAAGUGUUCAAUCGAACAGAGAUUUUGACGAGCCCCCAAGACGUCCGUGUUCUCAGUGGGAGCAGCGCUCUGCUCGACUGUCGCUUCUACAAAGACCCUCGGCUGCUCGACUACCAAAUCGUCUGGAGGAAAGACGGACAAAAACUGCAGGAGUCGUCACCAGAUGACAAGUACACUUUCUUUGAGAAUGGAAGCUUGAAAGUGUCAGGCGUCCAAUCAGACGACACCGCGCCUUACACCUGUGAGGUCAUCACCGAUAUGGACAACGUGCAAGCCAGCGGCUCCAUAACCGUAGUGGCACGACCGGACCCUCCCAGAGAUCUGUCUCUGUCCGACGUCGAGGACCACAGCCUCACACUCAGCUGGAUCCCUGGACAUUCACACAACAGCCCCGUCGUUGAGUUCAUCGUGGAGGUCCGCGAGGAGCAGCACACAGAGGAAGGGAAGUGGCAGCUGUGGAGGAGAGUACCGGGGGACUUCAACCACCUGCAGCUGACCCUCCACCCCUACUGCACCUACCGCUUCCGGGUCAUUGCCGUCAACGAGAUCGGCCACAGCAACCCCAGCAAGCCCUCAGACCACCACAGCACGCCACCUGCUGUUCCUGACAGUAACCCCACUGGAGUCCGCAGUGACUCGACAGACCCAAAGACUCUGAUCAUUACAUGGGAUGAGAUGGACAAGCACUUGCACAACGGCCAGGACUUCCAGUACAAGGUGUCGUGGCGGGAGGCCGGGGGGAAGAGUGUGCACUGGAACCACAGCUUCAUAAAGUCUCCGCCGUUCCACGUAAACGACACGGGAACGUACACUCCGUUUGAGAUCAAAGUCCGGGCCGUCAACUCGCUCGGAGUAGGACCGGACCCGGAGCCUGAGAUCGGCCACUCCGGAGAGGAGAAGCCCGACGACGCUCCCACCGGAGUUGAAACCACUGUGAUGAACAGCACCGUCAGAGUCAAGUGGAACGAGGCGCAGAGCAUCCGAGGUCGGCUGCUGGGAUACAAGAUCUAUGUCAGGAGGUUGGGUCCCCAGGAGGGACGGGGCCGGAGGUCCCUCGGAAAACUGCACCACGGGGACGACAGAGAGGCAAGGUUGACCCGAGGGACGGAAGGAGACAGAGAGAGCCGGGUGGUGGAGGUACGAGGCACGAGGACCUCGGAGGAAGUGACGGGGCUGCGGCUGUUUUCUCGCUAUGAAGUGUCCGUCACUGCCUUCAACAGCAAAGGGGAGGGCCCGCACUCGCAGCCUCACCGCUUCAGCACGCCGGAGGGAGCUCCUGGUCCUCCCGAAUCAUUGACCUUUGAGAGCCCAACAGAGAAAUCAAUGAUUCUCUUCUGGACCCCUCCAGUUGAAACCAAUGGCAUACUGCUGGGAUACAUGGUGCAGUACCAACAGGAAGUGGAGAGUAGAGACAGUCCACUGCAGAUGGAGAUCAUCAGUGAUCCCAGCAUGACUCGCAUUGUGUUGGAGCAUCUGGACCCCAGCAGCCAUUACAUCUUCAAAGUGAUAGCGCGCACCGCCACCGGGGACGGACCUCCCAUCACACGGAGGUUCGCCACCCUGCUCGAUGGAGUUCCUCCAUCGAACAUCUCCAUAGUAACGGGAAACACGUCGCUCAACCUGACCUGGGUGCCCGGAGAGCGAGACAGGAAUCACGGCUUCCACAUCCGCUACCGAAGGAAGAGUGCCGGAGUUGAGUGGGAGGAGUCGGAGGAGGUAAAUUCCACGCAGGGUUUAUAUUCGCUCACAGGCCUCCAACCAGGAACUCAGUACCAGCUCGAGGUCAUGCAUGGAAACUUCACUCAGUGGAAAGACGUGACAUGGACCAACGGACCAGUGCCCUCGGAGAUGCCCGGGGGAUUCGCCACCCAAGGCUGGUUGAUAGGACUCAUCAGCGCCAUCGUGCUGAUACUGCUGAUACUGUUCAUCCUCUGCCUUAUCAAACGCAGCAGGGGCGGCAAGUAUGCAGUGAAGGACAAGGAGGACAAGGAAGUGGACUCCGAAGCUCGGCCAAUGAAAGAUGAGACCUUUGGAGAGUACAGAUCGCUGGAGAGCGACGGAGAUGAGAAGCGCUCCGACAGCCAGCCGUCUCUGUGCGGGGAGAGUAAGCUGGGCAGCGACGACUCUCUGGCCGAAUACGGAGACAGCGUGGACAUCCAGUUCAACGAGGACGGCUCUUUCAUUGGCCAGUACAGUGGCCGGGGGCCGGUUCCCCAUGGCAACGAGAGCUCCGGUCCCGCCUCCCCUGUUACAGCCGUCCCGCCUCCCCCCAUCGCUCCAUCCAUGUCGAGCAUCCUGAACAGGCCCAGCUAGACGCACACACACACACAGAAACACACAGACACACACAGACACACACACACACACACACACACACUCUCUCUCACACACACACACACACACUCACUGUCUCUCUCUCCCUCUCACUCUCAAACACACACACACACACACACACACACACACACACACACACACAAAGGGACAGACCACUCCUGACUCCACUGCCUGUAGUGUCACAGUGUAAGAACACACACUCUCACACUCUCUCACACACACACACACACACACACACACACACACACACACACACACACACACACACACACACACACACACACACACACACACACACACACACACACACACAGAGUCUCAGUACAUUCCACAGGUUUAUGCAGUGAAGCCGUUUACAGGAUGUCUUGCCUUUUCUACGACGUUUACACACACACACACACGCACACACACACACACACACACACACACACACACACACACACACACACAUGCACACAAAAUCAGAUCAAGCUUUACUCUUCUAAACAACAGAAAGACAGAGGGAGGUGGAGAACAGGAGAGGAAGAUGACGGGCCAGUGUGGUGAAGAGUGAGGCGAAGAAAAGGGAAAAUAGAAUAAGUUUUUUCAUCUUUUCAUCUGUGACCAAAAUGUCAAAACACACGAUUUCAACUUGUAGAAACAUUUAAGUUUCGUUCUGUUUCGUUUACACAUUUUAAAUAAUUUUUUAUACAACCGUCACAAUUUUUAGCUGUGUUUUCACCACUGUGUCUUUGUUGUUGCCAUUUUCAAGCUAUUUAUUUGUGUUUGUAUAUGUUUGUGUGCGUGCGUCUUGGGGAUGAUUUUGCUGUUUUUUGAUGCGUGCGCGGCUGUAAGGAACCUAAGAUGCACGAGGCAUCUCUGAAUCAUUUAGUUGAUACUUCACAUAUAUGAGUUUAAAGAGUGACUGUUACCUUGUGCGAUUUGUUCAGACUCUCCAUCCCUGCCCUUUGACCCACAGCGAUGAGAGAUCUGUUGCCUUAAGAGAGUCCAGUAGAGUCUCCUCUCCUCCUUCUCUCUUUCAAUUCCCCAUCACUCCUCACACACAUUUUGCUUUUCCUCACCCUCCCAUUUGCUCAGCCGCUAAAAUGCAGGACAAGGAUGUUGCGGUGGCCCAGAGAGCUCAGCGCACUGCGGCUGAAGAGAACACACACACACAAAUGGAUAAAACACAAAGAAUUUUUAAAACAAAAAGUGGCAAACAGCUUUUACAAAUCUUUGAAGAAAAAAACAAAACAGCUCACAGGUGUACGAGGUGCGAUCAAAAAUGUCAGACACCCUUAUGGUUACGAAGGAACGUAGCGUGACACAUAACAAGCUUGUGGGGUUUUUCUGUGACCACUGGGACAUUUGUUAGUUCUAUAUGAUAACAGACAAUGACAAACACAUUGUGUACAUACUCAUACACGGAUACAUACAUUAAGUGGACGCCUAUAGAAAACACUUGGAGGGGCCGGUCCUCUGUAGCAAAGGAUGGAGGACGAGGAGGCGGACAGAACAAACGGAGGAGAAGGAGGAGCUGACAGAAAUAGAGGAUCUGACGUAUCGUUCUCUGAAUGUAAAUAGAACCUUGAGAUUGUCAUUUUUUUAAGAUUUCCAUUGCUUCUUUUAUAAGAUGAUCAAAUUUUUGUUUUUUUGUUCAAUAUCUGUUGCUCUGUUUUAAUUUUGUGCGGCAGCCAUCCUGCGCUGUAGCGUUUGUAUCAUACAACCCCCGCCCACCAUCGUCUCCUCUUAGGGUUUUCUUCUCUUGUCGCUUAGUAGCCCAGAGACAUUUAGAGAAGACUAGAACCAUAGCCAGAACAACCCUCCCUCCCUUCAUCGAGUUUUCUUUAUAGUUCUUAGAAAUGCAGCAGAAGAUGAUCCUGCUCAUUAAAAAAAGUCACUUCAUAAUGUUAAUAUUAAUUCACCUCGCCGAGGUAAAGCCGCGUCAAUGGACAUGGGCGAGAUGUCGCCUGCGGCCCGGGAUGGACCGACUCAAGAAAUCAAUCAAAAUAUUUAAAGGGUUUUUUUGUUCGUUGCCCCGGAGCAACAGACGGGCUGCACCGCUGGUGUUGCUCAUUGUGGCUCCGUCUUUAUCCUUUUCUUGCAUUGUUUUUUUUUGUUGUUUUUCUGCUUUGACCUCUCAGACUGAAGGAAGAGGACACAUGAAAACAGUCUGUAAAUCUAUAAACGUAAUAAUCCACAGUCCAAACCUCUACUUGUUGCCUUGUUAACCGUCCCUGCUCCGACACUGAUGCUGACUGUUUGUAUCACCCACUUACUGUAAAUAAUGAUGGACGACAUGAUACCUUCCCAAAAGAAUGAAGCCAAAUCACCCUGAUCGCCCCCUGGUGGCUUGCUGCAGUAUAGGUCAUAAACCCCGCCUCCUUCCUGUUAUCAGAUGGGACCAAAAAAAAAAGUUAAAGUACAUGUUUUGAUACAUUUUUUUCCAGAGAUGGUUUUUGUCAUUCUUGGUUAGUUGUUAUCCCACUGAUGUUCAAGUGGUCAUGUGUUCUGACAUCAUGACUGACGGCUGAGAUUGACACCCAAUUGGCCGAGCGGGACCACGGUAAUGACGCCGACUCCAAAUGGCGUCACCGGCCAGAGGGCGGCAGAGUGGAAGGAAGUGGAAAUGCGUCGUCCAUCUUUAAAUACCGUCGCUGUAUGACCCUGUUUGUCUGCUUGUCUCUGUUGCAGCCUUCUUUUAUACAUACAAACAGAUUGGGGGGGGGAAACACAAAAUUAAAAAAAAAAAAAAAAAGAUUAUAAAUAAUAGCAACACUGCUAAUGAUAACAACAACAGUGCUAUUAUCAGUUACGACGACGCGGUCAGUAUUGUCGUCAGGCGCGAUGACUUUGUCAGUAAGUAACACAAGGAGAUGAAUCAGUAUCACAGGGAGAUUAAUUAUAGUGGGGGCGGGAGGGCGGCUGUGAUAUGUGUGUGUUUAUUUGUGUAGGGGGGAAAAGAGACAUGGGAUCAACACACACAUACAAACACAGAAAGGGGGAGGGGGUGAUGGGUUGAACUGCAAUAUUGAGGUGUGCUGAUGUUGUACCUGCUUGUUGCAUUGUGCGAUGUUCUGUAUCCGACAAACUAACCCCAGACUGUCAACUAAUAAAUAAACAUGGACUACGCAUAUCCUGAUCAGA